CCCCUUUACAAACUGCUGUGCUCCCUCCAGAGUGCCAGCAAGAUGGACCUUCUGUGGACCCCACUCUUCUUUCUAGUCCUCUUACUAGGGGAGCCUUCCUGCCUGAGGACCCAGGAGCACCCCAGCUGCCCAGAACCCAGGGAAUUGGAAGCCAGCAAAGUUGUCAUCCUGCCCAGUUGUCCUGGAGUCCCAGGAAGUCCUGGGGAGAAGGGAGCUCCAGGUCCCCCAGGGCAUCCUGGACCACCAGGCAAGAUGGGACCCCAGGGUGAGCCUGGAAAAGCAGCGAACUUUCUUCAGUGCCAGGAUGGCCCUAGAAGAUGCCAGGAGCUGAUGAGCCAGGGUGCCACCUUGAGUGGCUGGUACCAUUUGUGCUUACCUAAUGGCAGAGUGCUCUCAGUCUUCUGUGACAUGGACAAAGCAGGAGGUGGCUGGCUGGUGUUCCAGAGACGACAGGAUGGCACUGUGGACUUCUUCCGCUCUUGGUCCUCUUACAAAGCAGGCUUUGGGAGCCAGGAGUCAGAAUUCUGGCUGGGAAAUGAGAAUUUGCACCAGCUUACGCUCCAGGGAACCUGGGAGCUGUGGGUGGAGCUGGAGGACUUCAAUGGCGCCCAUACCUUUGCCCACUAUGAGAGUUUCCGGCUCCUUGGGGAGGCAGAACACUACAAACUGGUGCUUGGCAAGUUCUUAAAGGGAACUGCAGGGGACUCCCUGAGCCUCCACAACGGGACACCCUUCACUACCAAAGAUGCUGACCACGACACAAGUGAUGGCAACUGUGCCGUGAUCGUCCACGGUGCCUGGUGGUAUAAAGCCUGCUACAGUUCUAAUCUCAAUGGACGCUAUGCCAUGUCCCAGGCCACUGCCCACACCUAUGGCAUCGACUGGGCCUCAGGCCUCGGCGUGGGAAAACCAUACCGAAAGGUUCGCAUGAUGCUUCGUUAGGGAGACCUGACACCCUGCGCCCUUAUCUUCCUUGCACAGCUUCUGAAUCCUCAACUACUCUUUCCCCAUUGCUAACUGCCUUUGCUCUCUCUUUGACAUUUAAAGAUAAAAUAGUUUUUAACCCUU